AUGGCAAAUCUGGCUAAAUUGGAAUUCGCUGCCCUAGAGCUUUCUGGGGACAAUUACCUAUCAUGGGUCCUGGAUGCCAAGAUCCAUCUGCGUGCUAAUGGCCUUGGCAAAGCCAUUGAAGAUGGAAGUGAUGCAUCACCUGAGGAAAAUGCGAAGGCCAUGAUUUUCCUUCGCCGCCACAUUCAUGAAGCGCUAAAGAGCGAAUAUGUGGUGAUUGAUGAACCAUUGGUCCUGUGGAAAGCCUUGUGUGAGAGAUACAAUCAUCAGAAGAUGGUGACUCUCCCAAAAGCUAGAUAUGAAUGGACACACUUGAGAUUUCAAGACUUCAAGACAGUGUCCGAAUACAACUCAGCUAUGCACAGGAUCACCUCCCUUAUGAAAUUAUGUGGUGAAAAUAUAUCUGAGGAAGAUAUGCUCGAAAAAACUCUGAGUACAUUUCAUGCCUCAAAUGCGCUUCUGCAACAGCAAUAUAGGCAUAGUAGUUUCAUAAAGUACUCAGAACUUGUAUCUUGCCUCUUGCUAGCAGAGCAGAACAACGAGCUUUGGUUGAAAAAUCACCAAUCUCGCCCAACAGGCUCAGCACCACUUCUUGAAAUAAAUGUUGCAUCUCGGGAAGUGAAUGCCACCUCAUCUCGUGGCAGUAUCCACAAACGUUGGCGAGGAGGCAAACGUGGCCGAUGGCAAGGGAGUAGAAAAGAUCAUGGUGCUCACUCAUACAGCUUGGGGCCAAGAAACAAUCCACCCAUGAAUGGCAAAAAUGCACCCAGAAAUAAGGGAAAAACACAAACAAGCUAUGUGCGUAGAAAUGAUGAAAGAGCUUGUUACAGAUGUGGUGCAAAGGGACAUUGGAUGCGUACAUGUCGUACGCCGAGGCACUUGGUGGAUCUUUAUCAAACUUCACUUAGAAACAGAAAAGUGGAGACAAAUUAUGUUGUACCAGAUCCGCCAGCCAUAGACGGCUCAUCGAAAAUAUCGCGUCGUUUAGACAAGACGCAUCUAGAUGUUUCCGAUUUUGUUACUGAAAGGGGGAAUGAAAUUUAUGGGUCCGAACUGGAUUAA